AUGGCUCUAGAAUGGAGCGGCUCUAUAUCGAACAUCUUUAAGCUGGUUCUCUCCAUAGCAGACUACCUAGAACCGGCAGAUAUCAACGCUUUUGCGCGAGUCGACCCCACUCUCUACGACCUACUUUGCGAUUGCCUCUAUCGACACAACCUACAGCAUCAGAACGGCUCGGGCCUUCUACAAGCCUCUAAGAGAGGUUUCGAGCGAGUAGUAAAGAGGUUCUUACAACUGGCCAAGGAUGACAAAACUGAAAGGACAUAUGAGAUUUUCCGGAGUGCAAUGUUCGUUGCAGAUGGCGCAAAGCACAGAGGGGUAGUGAAACUAUUGCUCCGCGACAGGAUUGAGGGGGACAUCAGAAUGGCUGCAUAUUGCAGUUUUCUAUUAGUGGUGGAUAUUCUACUAGAGAAUAACAACGACCCUACAGCAAAGAGCCAGCUAUAUACGCAGGCUCUUUCUUCAGCCUUCUGCGGCGCCGGAUUCGCGACGAUAAAGCAUCUUCUAAGGAUGAAGAUCGACAUUGAUACCCAGGACGGCGAAGUGUUGAGAGAAGCGUUGACAAACUUCAACUGUGCUUACUGGUUCCUCGACCCGGACCUAGUAAAGCUACUCCUCGAUAAGAUUGCUCUUCUCCCCAACACACCUGCGCUAGACAAAAUAUAUGGCACACUCAUCGUCGAAUUAUCAGAUCAAGAUCAAUACUCCGAGCCAACAUUACAGCGAGUGUUGGCAAACCCUGCAUCUACAAACGCCCAAAACACAUGUCUACUGAGACAACGGCACACUACUGGUGUUGCAGGGCAACUGCGGAAAAGACUAGCACAAAUGAACUAG